AUGAUGGAACACAGUGCUUUGGAACUACUCUGCAGUCAGAGCAGUUCUAAAGAGAGUUCAUCAGUAUGGACAAGAGGCAGGACCACCUUCCUGGCAAAUAUACAGCAUUUUGUUACAUUAGGUAAAGCUUAUGUCCGGGACAAAGUCUGCCAGGAGUUCAAGGUCCUGGGGAAGGAGAACUUCCGAACCCUAACCAUUAUUGCUAACAGCAGAAAAUUCUCCAAUGCCACCUUUGAGGAGAUCAGUCACCUCGUUGCAGAAAUCGUCUCCCUGGCUGAAACCUGCUGCGCUGAAGGUGCUGACCCCUCCUGCUACGAUGCCGGGUCCUCAGCUCUGUCAGCCAAAUCCUGUGGUGAGGACUCACCUUUCCCAGCCCAUGCUGGCACGGCUGGGUGCUGCGCCCAAGAGGGGCUGGAGCAGAAGCUGUGUCUGGCCGCCUUGCAGCACCCGCCCCAGGAGCUGCCCCGCUACGUCCAGCCCUCCAACGAAGAGCUCUGCCAGGCCUUCAAAAAGGACCCCAAGGACUUUGCCGACAGGUUUCUCCACGAGUAUGCCAGCAGCUAUGGCCAGGCGCCCCUGCCUGUGCUCCUUGGCUCCACCAGGACCUUCCUCUCCAUGGUCUCUACCUGCUGCAUCUCCCCUGCACCCACUGCCUGCUUUCUGAAGGAGAAACUGGAAAGGAAAACCCUCUCCCUCCUCACCCUGAUGUCAAACCGGGUUUGCUCCCGCUUCACGGCAUAUGGGAAGGGCAAAGUCACCUUCAGCUACCUCACCUCGCUUGCCCAGAAGAUGCCCAGUGCUUCCUUCGAGGACCUCUUCCCCCUGGCAGAAGAUGCUGCUGAGGUGUUUUCUGAGUGCUGUGACUCAGUGGCCGAGGACUGCAUGCAGAAGAAGCUAUCUGAGCACACAGCUAAGGUCUGCAGUGCACUGUCAACCCAAGACGAAAGGUUUGCUGACUGCUGUAAGGGGACAAACCUCAUGCAAAACUAUUUCUGCAUCUCGGCUUUGCCACCAGCACCUGCCCCCAAACUGCCAGAGGCUCAGAAGCCAAUGAACAAGCAGCUGUGCAGUGAGGAUGGGGCUCUCUAUGCCAAGAGGUACCUGUUUGAGCUAGCACGGAGACACACCAGUGUCCCUGACACCUUCCUUGGCAAACUAUACGAUGCCAGCGAAAAAGUCAGGGGGGAGUGCUGCUCUGCAAAGGACACCUCUGCCUGCCUGGACAGCAAGCGCCAGCAGAUGGGAGAAGAGCUGCCCCGCUUUCUGGAAAAGGCCAACCAGCUCUGCGGGCAGUACACUGAGUUAAAUUUCCUUGACUUCAAGAAGAGGCUGCGGGAGAGUUUGACACAGAUGAUGCCAGAGGCUGGCCCCGAGCUGCUGGGGCAGUUGGUGGAGCAGCGAGCUGACUUUGCCUCUACCUGCUGCUCCCAUAACUCACCACCCCUCUACUGCGCAUCCAAGGUGAGCUUGGAGCUGGGAAAGGCGUGCGAUGGAGGAUCCUGCCUGCUGGGUUAGGUGCCUAGAGGUGAGCAGCUGGGGCAGGAGUCUGGCACACCAGCAUCAGGGACGACUUCUCUGGUGAUGCAUGGAUGGAAAAAGAGCAGGAAGAAAGGAGGCUGGACGACGCGCCCGCAGAUGGCUGCUUUUCUUUGU